CAGUAACACAAAUUUGGAUCCCCGGAACAUUAUGCUGUUCCGGAGGGUCAAAAUGUAAAGGGGGCGUUGCCCAGUCCACGUGGUUUACUAUGUGAAGGAGAGGAGAGCUAACAUCACAAGUCCUGAUCCUAUGGGGAGCAGCAUCGAUACAUGAUUAGGCAAUGGAACAUUACAAGAAGAAACAGAGCCGUUACUAUGACGAUAAGUGCGGACCCAAUGAGUUACGUAUCACUGGUACUGGCAAAGCAUACGACCUUUGCACCCGAGCAAUGCAUAAGCUCAAGGAGUCUCCGCUAGAGGGUGUGGUCAUAUCUGCCAGUGGAGCUCAUGUGACUAAAGCAGUGACUGUAGUGGAACUGAUCAAGAAGAAGCUAUCAGGUGUGAUGCAAGCCACUGAGAUACGAUGGGCUAGGGUGGAGGACGUAUGGGAACCAGACCAACAGGAACUGGACUCGUUAAAGGUCACCCGUCACAUCCCAGCCAUCUCCCUACACCUCACCAUGCAGACCACCUAGCCCCUAAGGAGGACUAGAUAUCAUAUUAACACAUACUUUUUUUAAUAGUCUAGUUGUAUUAAUUAAUGUAUUAAAAGUGAUGAUCUUAUCCCAACCAUUCAUUACUGCAUGCUCUGGUACUGCACUGGAUGAGACAUGCUGGCUGCACGCUACUGCUGGAGGAGGAGGAGACUACUCAGAGCCAUCAGCCACACCAAGAGUGAUCUGCUUGUGUUGGGGAUAGAGAGCAGUUGUGAUGAUACUGGGGCCGCUGUUGUCAGGGGCAACGGUACUCUGCUGGGGGAGUCUCUGCAAUCACAGACGCACGUCCACCUCAAGGCAGGGGGUAUUAUACCGACAGUGGCCAGUGAACUACACGAGAGGAAUAUUGAGGGUGUGGUCAACUCCGCUAUUGAAAGAAGUGGAUGUGACCUAGAUGACCUUUCACUGGUUGCCGUGACAACUGGUCCUGGAUUAGCAUUCUCUCUAAGAGCAGGAGUUGAAUACGCUAAACAACUGGCCACUAGAAUAAGUAAGCCAUUGCUGAGUGUGCAUCACAUGGAGGCACACGCACUAACUGUGAGGAUGAACCACGAUAUUCCAUUCCCUUAUUUGGUUCUCCUCAUCUCUGGCGGCCACUGUAUCCUAGCAACAGUGGAGGGGGUGGGGCACUUCUCUCGACUUGGUCAGACAAGUGACGACAGUCCAGGGGAAGCACUAGACAAGGUUGCUCGGUGGUUGCGCCUUGACCUCCACCCCCGUGUGUGUGACCUACCAGGGGGUGCUGCAGUGGAGGUAUUAGCACGAGAGGGGAGAGCUGAAAGGGUUAAACUGCCCCAGGUCAUGUUACACUCUAGAUGCUGUAACUUCUCCUUCUCUGGACUCAAGACUGCGGCCAGGAACCACAUACAAGCAAUGGCAGCACAAAGUGGUUGGCAUGGUGAUGGCCCCCUGCCAGGCUGUGAGGAUGUGUGUGCAUCAUUCCAACAGUCUGUCACUGACCAUCUUCUCACUCGCACUUACCGAGCUAUCCUCUACACUAAAGGCACUAACAUCACACAGCACACUAAAGGCACUAACAUCACUCAUCUAGUUGUGUCUGGAGGUGUUGCUCGUAAUGGCUACAUCAGAUCAAAGCUACAAGAAUUGGGGGAUUUGACAGGGUUCAGAGUUCACUUUCCCUCUCCCCACCUGUGCACAGACAAUGGUGUGAUGGUGGCGUGGGCGGGUGUGGAGACUGUGAUGAGUGGAGGGUGUGAUCGUGUGUACAGUGUGGAGCGUGCGGGGGAGGUGGACUAUACUCCAAAAUGGCCCCUCGGACAAGACCUCUCUCAAAGAGUUAUUGAACAAUACAUUAGUACAAAGAAGCAACGAGUCAAAAUAUAGAUAGCUGCAAUCCCCUGUGUUAAUAAUCAUUGAUGUUCUAUUGGAAA